AUGGGAAGCAAUCGCACGCAAGAGUUAGUCUGUUUUGAGGAAAGUGAUAUUGACUUCGAUUGCGAUGCCCUCACGUAUAACAACAAUUCCCAUUGGAAUCAGAAGACUUUAAGAAGAGGCUCCUGCAGCCGCGUGCGCCGCGUAUACUGGAGAAUGUGUAAUAUUAUUGUAGCUUACAAGGAGGUAGUUUUAUCCCGGGAGGAUGACUUCACGAAUGUGAUGGAAUCUUCUCGCGUGAUUCGGCAUAUUCAAGCCAAGCGCCAUGAGGACAGUGAGGACGCCUGCCCGCACCUGCUGCGUUACUAUGCCCUUAGGGUAAUCGAUACUCAUCAUUAUCAGUGGCUGAUGGAAUGGGUUGAUUACACACUCCUGGAUUUAAUAAAAAGUGAAUUAUUUAAAACGGAAGCGGUGUGUGUGGGGGUUGCUCGGCAAUUGGUAGGGGCUCUUCAUUUUUUGCACAUUGAGAUGGGUUUGGUUCACGGAGAUGUGAGCCUCGCGAACAUUUUGGUGCUGUUCAAACCUGGAUUAAUGACCAAAGAGGGCAAAGAAGGAGAGGGGGAAGGAAGCGUGUCUCUUAUCACGCGCCUUGGUGAUUUGGAGGGCUGCUUUCUCGUAGGAGUAUUGCCCAGGUGCUUUCACGGAACGUACCUCUUUGCAGCUCCUGAGGUCCUCGCGCACCGUGAGGAAGCUGCAAAUCCUGGCGUGGACGUAUGGUCGUUGGGGAUUGUCGUCUGCAUGCUGUUGAGUGGGGGCAAGCAUCCUUUUCUCACUCACGGUGAUCCAAAUUUCUGGGAUAUACUUGGUUCCUUGGAACGUGCCAAGCUUUUGAAUUUACAGGAACACUUAAAGGCCUUGCUUCCCCAUGUGAAUGAUGAAGGCGUCGAAUUUCUCUGUGGGUGUCUGUCAUGGGAGCCUGCACAGCGGUUGUCCACUCCCCAUCUUCUUCGUCUACCAUGGAUUUCAUGA